UGUCUCGAUUACGUGGUGGUGUUGGGUAAUGGUUGCACUCGAUGUCGGAGGACUUUCCAUCUGAAUUGCGUCUGUGAUUCCGAAGCUGUGCGCAGUGGGCUCCGCAGCCAAGGCGCUCUGGGCGGUGGCGGCGUUGCAGGCACCGAGGCCGGAGCGAGAGGAGUGGCACCGUCCCUGCCAGCCUCAUCCCGGUGCCGCACCGUGUCCCUCGGGCACAGCCGCGGGCCCGGCUGCUGCUGCCCAGGGGCGGCGAGGGCCGGCCGGGGCCUGGCGGUCGAUGGUGCUCUCAGGCCGGGCCACGGGCCCAGCUCCGAAGGUGAUGGCUGCCGCCUCUGAGGCUGCAAACUCUGAGGGGAAACAGCUUCCUAAUAAGACAGAAACUAUGAUCUGGAAGCCCAGAAAAGAAUGUUUCCUGCAGAAUAUUCCAAAUGUUCCUGAUGGCAAGUCUGAAGAAAGUGAAUCUGCUUCAACCUCCCCCAAUGAAGGUGAUGUCAGUGGCUCUAUUGAUGAGGGCUGGUACAAUAUAUAUGCUGAUCUGGAUAUGUGGGAUAGUGAAGUUUCCAAUGUACCUGAGUCUUCAGGGCAGCAAGAUGCAUCUGAGCAUGAGGUGGAGGACUGGGAUAAAGAAUUGGAGGAGUCUACAUGUGGUCCUUAUGAUGCUGACGAUCUCUCCUGUGGAAGCUUUGAGGAAAAUAAUCUUUUCGGCUCAUACGUAUGGAAGGAGGAUUGGUUUUACAACCCAGGCUGUCACCACACCCCUUGCUUUGUGUUUCCACCACGAGUUAGAACAUUUGAGAAGGGCCAGUUUGAUGAUGCUGAUGAAUGAGGCUGAGUCUGGUCAGAAAUAAGUUUGGCUUCUGUGUUGGAUUAUGUUCUUCAGCGACUGAGCUGUGCCAAAUCCCUUGGCUUUUUUGCAGAGCUGGGCCUGAGGCCAGAAAUGCGACACCAUCUCCAGAGUUUUGCUUAGGCUGUUUCUGAGCUGUUCAUAAACUGCCCACCCUUGCCCUGGAGACAAGAGUGCAGGUGCUGAGUGUAAGGAGUCCGUGCAUUUCUGGAGGUUUUGUUUGUAUUAUAUAGACCUAUGUUGCUAAUUAAUUGCUUGAGGAGAAGUAUUUAAUUUCUAAACUUCAGCUUGUUUGCCAGGCUUCUGUCAGCUUUGACAUGCUGAUCCCUGUGUUUUGUGCAACUUUUAGUUUUCUUUUCAUUUGAUGCUGUCAGAUUGGUUUAGAUAGCUUUAAAAACUCUCCCUCCUUCAAGCUUGUCUGUUGUAUUUCCGUAUGGUUCUAAAGUCCAUUUUUGAUUCUUAUAUUGGUGUUUAAUAAAAUCACCUGUGGCAAAUACAGA